UCAAACCUGACGGCAGGACGGGUCAGCAGGAGAGACACAGUUUAGCGGCGAACUCGAGUUUCUCAUUGUACCUGACACACAGAAACCACGUGACCCAGAGGUCGCCACUGGUCGUCACGCUCCAGGCCCACACCAACGUCCAUCUGCUGGCCUUGACCUUACACCAGACGACCGUCCUUGAGGCGCUGACCCCUGUCCCCGUCCACCAAUGGGGACGGACGUACCGUCACGUGGUGCAGACGUCAUUCGCCACCCUCCUGGUCGUGAGUCUGACUGACACUAACUUCAACCUUGUCCUGACCUUUGACCCACAUACACUACUUCCGGUUGGGGCGCCCUAUCCCACCAGGCAUGAUGUAAGUUUACAUAGGCUCCAGCCAUACACCCUCAAAUUUCGCGAGACUGCUACGUCACUUCCGGUUAAUGGUGCCCGUCUUGAGUCCAUGGAGCCCGUGGGGGUGACGGUUGUCACGUGCACUGUCGUCUGGUGCUAUCCUUCAGAAAUGCUCCUGCACGUGGGGUACUUCCGGCCACCAGGUGACGCCAGCGCUGCUGUCUCACCCACCGCCUACUGCAUGUCGGAUCACCUCACACCUGCCAGCGACCUCUGGCCAUCUCCCUACCGGGAUUCGAACCUCACCCACCCGUAUCACCCUGUCGUCACAGAGCACACGUCCCAACCAAACUGCACGUCCGGUGCGCAUGCGCUGAGCUGUGUUUACAACAGCAGAACCAAGUAUCCCAGCAUGGUUUUAGCCCCGCCCCCUGAUCUGUUCGUCAGUCACGUGACGUUACUACUUCCAGAUCUGGACAACGUGACGUACUUCCUGCUGCUCGUCAUGACAGGUGCCAGCCUGGUGCCAGACUUCACGCUGCUGGACAACUUCAUUUUUCUGCACGAAUGCGCAGACUCCCCGGACAUGCGCGUUGGUCUGGUGCCGGUGGACAAGACCCUACAUGACGUCAUCGCCCCUGAUGGAAUUCUCUUCUCUCCCACCAUCCUGGCGGUGGAUUCGAACCCACGCCACCCCCUCGUCUUCACGAGCCUAGCCGCGCACAAGUCUAGAGAAGAGAAGGCAGGGCUUUGGUUCAGAUUGUAG